CGCGCGACGGUAACGGUCAGCCGAGGUAGAAGACAUGAAGACCGAGGUAUCUUGGAAGCGGCGGUUUCUGCGAAAGAGGUUCAAAUACAUGCUGGUGUGCGUCUUCGUGGUCGCCGUGAUAUUCGUGCUCCAUCAGCUGUUUUACCUGAAGGAGCUGAACCGGGACACCGUGGGCAAGCUAAUCGCCGGCUCAGUGCGGGACACUCAUCGCGUAGUUGUCGGCAAGCGGGUUGACAAGUGGCAUCAGCCGUACCACUCGAAGCUCAUACGUGACACGAACGGACGGACGGUGUCGUUGCGCGGGACUCGGGACCAGGACAUCGCCAAGUAUCUGCCCAACGUGAAUGGAAAGUUCGUGUGUUUUGUCUCGAAGAAGGAGAUUGAUUUUGUGAGGCUCAACGAUGAUUAUUGCGACUGUCCAGUGGAUGGUAGCGACGAACCAGGUACUAAUGCCUGCAAUAAUGGUUUCUUCAAUUGUGAGAAGAGUACAAGAAAGUCAGCAGUGAAAAUACCAUCGUAUAAGGUCAAUGAUGGACAUUGUGAUUGUUGUGAUGGUUCUGACGAAUGGACUGAAGCUGCAGUGUUAUAUAAACUCUCUGGUAAGUUUAAUAUGAUUAAAUUAGAAAAAAUGUAUGCAUUAAAAGAAUGUGCUUCUGGUAUGAAUUUGACCACGUGGAAGCCUCUCGACGUGUUUCAGGAUGGCGCGUGUUCCGAGUACGCCGUGCUCGUGUUGAAUUGUCCCAUAUACUGGAGCCACGACGUGUUACUCCAAUUCUGGCGGAAAGCUCGAAUCACUGUCACUGUGGAUGGUGGAACACAAAGAUGGCUCAAGUAUUUGGAGAAGCAGGGAAUAGACACGUUCAAUGACGAGCACAAGCGGUAUGUGCCAGAUCUUAUCACGGGAGACAUGGACAGCUGUCCACCAUCCAUAAUCGAGAAGUUAGGACGGGUAGGAUCCACGGUUGUCGAGACCCCUGAUCAGAAUCACACGGAUUAUACCAAAGCUUUGCUGCAAGUUGCGCAUUACGCCAGGACACACAAAAUAAAUUUAGGUGAAAUAUACGUACUUGCAGAAACAUCGGGCAGAUUCGACCAUAUUAUUGGCAAUAUCAAUACCUUGUACAAAAGUGACAAACUUGUGGGAAAUAUACAGGUGAUACAAGUUGCAAGUAACUCACUGACGUGGCUAUUAAAACCUGGAUUGCACAGUAUACAUAUACCGGACAGUCUGGUGCAGCAGAAAUCUUGGUGUGGUCUACUACCAUUUGGUUGUCCCGUUAAUUGUAUAUCAACGACAGGCUUGAAGUGGAAUUUAAAUAAUACAACUACGCAGUUUGGUGGUUUGAUAAGUACUUCAAAUACAUAUGAAGAUUGUGAAGUGACUGUAAAUACAGAUACGACUGUAGUUUGGACUAUGGGUAUAGAGUCUCUUAGAGAGAAUAUAAAUGAUGAAGCAUAACAUUAUACUACUAGAUAAUAGAUGAUAAUACGUAUUAAUUAUGCAAAUUAUCAGACAUGGUUUUGGUCAAACGUGCUAAAUAUUAGCUCUGUCUAAGGUAUUUGAGAUAUUUUUUAUUUUAAUAGCUAGUAAAUUAGAUCUGUGCAUGAAAGAUGCUUUAAAAUUUGGUUUUCAGGUUAAAAUUCAAUUUCAAUUUUUUAAUUAUUUUCUUAAGUUUCAAUUGUUUAGUUUUAAAGUUUUAAUUGUUUUGAAUUGAUACUAUUGUAGUAUCUUUAUCUAUUAUAAUAAUGUGUGAUAAUAAUAGAGUGAAUUAUUUUUACUUACUGUACGAGUCUUGUCAAAAAAUAGAGUAGUACAAAACUACAUUUAGUAUAAAAAAAUUUUAACGUUUGUUAUACAAGAUUACAUGGGAUUAUUUAAUAUUCCAUGGACUUUUUUUAAAUAUUAGUUGUAUUUCUUUUAUGUUUUCCAAACAAAUGUUAUCAGAUUGAUUGAUGCUGCUGCUAACGGUAUCAUCAGGCAUUAAUUUUUUUAAUAUUAAUACAACAUGUGUAUUAGUCAUAAAGUUGCUGCAAUAAUAACCUUGCAGUAGCUAUAUUGUUAUGUACUUAUGCGCAUUCCGCUAUUAGUUAAAGAGCACAAAACGUUAUUUAUAAUGUUGAGUUCCUAUUUCGGUUGUGUGUAUGAAACUAAAGCCAUGAUAAAAUCAUGACAUUUUAAUACAUAUUGUAUAGAUGUACAACAUUAUUGAUCCUUAACCAUAAUCUCUUAAAUUUUUAUAACUUUUAAUUUUUUAAUCAAUCUUUUAUAAACCGAGAUAGAAUGAGAAUCAAAUUUGCGGUUUGUUGUCUAUGAGUUCAUUGCUAAUACAGAAUGGAGCUUACACAGAAUUACGCGACAUAAAAAAUAACUAUUAUAAUAAUGUAUAAUUUUAAAAUUUAAAUUGAAGUAUUUUUGUAUAUAAUAAUUCGAUUUAAAAAAAUGUUGGUUUUUAUUUAUGCAUUCAUAUUUUUGGAAUGUAUAUCAAAUUUUUUGAUCUCUAAUCUAUUCGCUGCUGAUUAAUCUCCUGGUGAAAUACAAUAUUUUUUUAGACAAUACAAAAGUUAAAGAGAUAUUGUAAAUACAUAAAGAUCCUAUUCUUUAAAUAUCUUAGAAUUUUGUGUUGUCUAGAUUACGAAAUAUUUCUUAUGUUCCACAUGAUAUUAUACUAUUUUAAUGCUCGUGCAUAGUUAGCACAUGAUGUAAGAAUAUGUUUCAUUAAAAUCUUCCGAAUGUUUUCAGGCAUCAUAUAACAUAUUUAUCGCAGGUAUUUACUUGGCACAGCAAGAGCAUCGAGUCGAAAUAGUAUCCCCCCCCCCGGUAUUGCUUUAUAGCUGCCCGCACUCUCGCGUCUAUAAUACUGUAUGUACUUGUAUACAGUAGGUCGCUACCGCCGCUAUCGGGGCUAGAAUCAGAGCGUGUCUUCGACGAUCAGCUGUCGCGAAUGUUUACAUUCGUCGGCCGAGUGCCGGGCUCGUGGUGGGGUUGCGGCCACCGUCCAGUUUCUUUCGGCCUGUCGCGUUGCGCGGUUCACGUAAUCCGACGAGUGCUUUUAUCGUGCCUUAUCGCCGCGCUGUCGCGCGAUAUCGAAUAAAUGCCAGCGCGCAUCUUUCUGUGCUUUUCAGAAUCGGGUAAGCUUGCGACCCGCCUUGCGACGCGACUUCGAGUCGCAGCGGGUAUACAGCGGAGAGGACACGUGGCAAAAUACCUUAUGAAAAUAUUUGUUCAACGAAUAUUAUACAGCGAGUUAAAGUAUUGUAAAUUAAUAUCUAAGCUAAUACGCUGGUUAAAAUGGAUACAUUUAUAGUAACGCGAUUUGACGAUGAUUUUCAUGACGUUUUGAUAAUAUUAAGUUUAUAUUGAAGUUUAUGUUUAGGUAUAUUGUUAUGCUGAUCUAAUGUUUUUGUUAUUAUAUCGUUUGAUAAUCUUUGUAUAUUUGUAACUUUGUAUACGUGUGUUUGUCCUUACACGAGUUUGCUCCGAGGAAUAUGAACGAUCGGGUGUAACGCACAAUAAUCCUAAUGUUUAAAUAAAGAGAUUGUUGUCGCAAA